AUGGCGGUGCGUGAACGCGCGGCGGCAGCAAUGGCCGCUCUGGAGCGGCGGGUGCCGAGUCUCGAUGACUUCGCGGGACAGAGCUGGAGCUCAUGGGUGGAGCGGGCCGACCUGCCCGCGGCCGACGGGGCUGAGCUGGAGGAAAGCAGCAAAAACACGAAGAAGCUGGAUGCCAUGACCCUCAUUAAAGAAGACAUGUCCAUCUUCGGGCACUGCCCCGCCCAUGACGACUUCUAUUUGGUUGUGUGUAACCAUUGCAGCCAGGUGGUGAAGCCUCAAGCUUUCCAGAAACACUGCGAAAGAAGACAUGGGCCCCUCAGCAAGCUUUAUGCCCGGGCCCCACCCCCACCUCCAGCCCCUGCCAGCUCUCAGAAAUGCCAUGUAGUGAAUGGGCAGGGCCCAGCUUGUAGGGCCCCAGGUUCCACAAAAACCUCCUCCAGGGAGAAGGGCCAGGGGUCCCGGAGCCGCGGCCACCAGCCUCCCGAGAAGACCCAGAAGGACAACCUCUGCCUUUUCGUGCCUGUGGUGAAUCUGGAGAAGAUGUCCAGUCUCCCGAAGCCCGAUGGACAUGGAAUCAGGGUGGCCCCGCCCUCUGCUUUCCUCAGCCAGGCAGGCGGCCUCACCAAGGACUCCCCGGGAAAGCCCCCCACGGCUCCCCCUUCUAAAGAACCUCCUGGCAGAGAGAACAUCGAGAUAAUCCCCAGUGAGGGCUCCAGUCACCGGGCUGAAGGCAGCCCCCCUGAGAAGGAGCCUGGUGGGGCCAGGCUGCCGCCCAAAAGCCACCGGAAGAUGGCUCGGAAAGAGUGUGACCUCAACAGGCAGUGUGGGGUGAUAAAUCCAGAGACCAAGAAGAUCUGUACCCGCCUGCUGACCUGCAAGAUCCACUCAGUGCACCAGCGCCGGGAGGUCCAGGGCCGGGCCAAGGACUUUGACGUGCUAGUGGCGGAGCUGAAGGCCAACUCCCGCAAAGGGGAGUCUCCCAAGGAGAAGAGCCCAGGGCGCAAGGAGCCGGCUCUCGAGCGCCCCUCCCAGGAGCCCCCGUGCUCAGUCUCGGUCGUGGCAGCAGCAGCUGCUCCCAGCAGCACCUUCUCUGCUCGUUCCAAGCAGACCUACCCAUACUGUGCACUGCCCAGGUCCCGGGCCUCCUCUGAGAGUGAGGUGGAUGAUGAAGGCCCCUGUGGUGGUGAUGGGGACCCAGGCCUGUUCCCCUUCCCCCUGCCCCGGGGUGGGGCUCAGGCCUCCAGCGAGGAGAGCGAGGAGGAGGGGACAUCUGAUGACCUCCACCUCCCCCCUGACUGCCAUUAUGCAACCCGGCCCCCACGGCCACAGGCGUUCUGCACCUUUGGGAGCCGGCUGGUGAGCCCAGGAUGCUACGUGUUUAGCCGCCGGCUGGACCGGUUCUGCUCGGCACUCAGCUCCAUGUUGGAGCGGCACCUCAGCUCGCAUAUGUGGAAGAAAAUCCCACCGGCAGCUGAACCUGCCUCCCACCUCGUCAGCUCCCCCUCACCUGCUCCCCUGAGCCCUCCUUCCACAGGCAGCUGCCCCCGCCUCCCAGGCCCACCCCCCAGACCUGCCUGCCCAGCCUCCACGCCCCCUACCAAGGACAGCCUUGUCCCCAGCUACCCUGCAGGCUCCCCCAGCGUGGCAGCUGCCUGCAGCCAGGCAGAGUGCACGGGCGGGAGCCAGGCUAUCACCUCACCGCUGCCUGCCAACACGCCGUCCCCGUCCUUCAGCAAGCUGCCACCUUCUAAGGCCAGCAAGUCAUCCAAAGGCAAGGACGGGGCGGAGGCAGAGGCCCCCUCGCGGAAGCGGAAGUUAUCUCCUGGCCCUACCACCUUCAAACGGACCUGCAUCCUGGAGCCCGCUGGAAAGGGCAAACCAUCCGGCUGCCGGGGCCUCUCGGCCAAGACUAAAACAGCCCUGGGCGUGGGGCUGAACGGGACGGUGGGGCCAAGAAUGAAGCGGGCAGGGCCCCUGGACUGUCGGGGUCCCCCCCACCAGCCCCCUACACCAGUCAAGGCUUCUCAGCUGGAGAACCGGGGAGCGGCCGGACACCCAGCCAAGGCCCUGCCCACCAACUGCCUCUCCGAGGAGGAGGUGGCCAAGAAGCGGAAAAACCUGGCCACUUACUGCCGGCCGGUGAAGGCCAAGCACUGUCAGCCUGGGGCCCCUGCCGACGCGGCCUGCUCUGUGCGCCGCAAGAAGCCCGGGCCGGCCCUGGCCUUUGAGGAGAAGUGCUCGACACUGAAGUCAAAAGCCCAUUAACGAGAAAGUGCCUGCCCACUGCGAUGGAGCUGCCAGCACCUCCUCCCCUCCAGAUCCGGGCCCCAGGCUGCUGCCGCUUUUUAUAACUUUAUAUUAUUUUUUUUAAGAAAAAAAAAAAAAACUCUUUAAAAUACCUCAAGACUGUCUCCCUGUUCUGUUGCUGCUAAGGAAAUAUAAAAACAGAAACAUAGAGAAGGAAGAAAAAAAUGUGUAACAAAAUGAGUGUCCUUACUGUCCCCGACCCCCACCCUGGGAGAUGCCGACAGCGCGGGGGGGUGGGGGGAGCAGGCUCCAGCCCCCAUAGCUUGCUGGUAAAAGUGUCCCAGGCGGGCUUUUGAAAUAGCGUGAAGCUGUCUGGGUCCCGUAUCGUCCAGGCCAUCUCCUCACUGGCUGGG